AACGGGUGAAAGGUGUUUCACGAAAUUAGAGGGUGAUCGGAGAGAGUUUGUACGCUGAAGAUGAACCUAAACAAACUUUUGGUUUUAUCAAAAUCGGUCAGGCUGGGAAGGAGUUUGAUCGCUGCACGAGUGGGGCAAAUUGGUGGAGACUGUCUGCAUCAUUUUCAGUCACAGCGCUCCAUUAGAUCCAGUGCGUGGAGUUUGGCAUAUGCCAAAGAUCUGUUCCUGGGCAAAGUAAACAAGGCUGAAGUCUUUCCCUACCCAGAAAUAAGCAACGAGGAAUUAGAGGAGAUCAACCAACUUGUUCAGCCAGUGGAGAAGUUUUUCAGUGAAGAAGUUGAUUCUAAGAAGAUUGACCAUGAUGCUGUAAUUCCUCCUGAGACUUUGAAUGGACUGAAGGAACUUGGGCUGUUUGGGAUCCAAAUACCUGAAGAAUAUGGUGGUUUGGGCCUCUCAAACACCAUGUACGCCAGGUUAGGUGAGAUCACGUCUUUGGACGGGGCAAUUGCGGUCACACUGGCAGCACAUCAAGCCAUUGGCCUGAAGGGUAUCCUUAUAGCUGGAAAUGAGGAGCAGAAGGCAAAGUACCUGCCCAAACUAGCAACAGGAGAGCAUAUUGCCGCAUUCUGCCUCACUGAACCUGGAAGUGGCAGUGAUGCUGCGUCUAUUCAAACACGUGCCACAUUGACAGAGGAUGGAAAACACUUUCUGCUAAAUGGCUCAAAGUUCUGGAUUUCCAAUGGUGGAUGGGCAGAUAUCAUGACCGUGUUUGCCAGAACGGAGGUUGUUGAUAAAGAUGGUCAAAAGAAAGAUAAGAUCACAGCUUUCAUUGUGGAGAGAGCAUUUGGUGGCAUCACCAGUGGCAAACCCGAGGACAAACUGGGCAUCAGAGGCUCAAACACCUGUGAGGUGACAUUUGAGAACACCAAGGUGCCAAUCGAGAACGUGAUUGGUGAAGUUGGUGGUGGCUUUAAGGUUGCCAUGAACAUUCUGAAUAACGGGCGGUUCAGCAUGGGCAGCGCAGGUGCAGGAAUGAUCAAGAAGCUGAUUGAGAUGACAUCAGAGUAUGCUGGGACUAGAAAACAAUUCAACAAGAGCCUGUCCGAGUUUGGAAUGAUUCAGGAUAAGUUUGCUACCAUGGCCCUGAAUGCCUUUGUGAUGGAGAGCAUGGCUUACCUCACAUCUGGAAUGAUGGACCGACCAGGACUCCCAGACUGUUCGCUAGAAGCUGCCAUGGUUAAGGUCUUCAGCUCUGAGGGCAGCUGGAUCUGUGUGAGUGAAGCCCUGCAGGUUUUAGGAGGGCUGGGCUUCACUAAGAACUUCCCCUACGAGCGCUACCUCAGGGACUGCCGCAUCCUGCAGAUCUUUGAGGGAACUAAUGAGAUUUUGAGGAUGUACAUCGCACUUACAGGAAUGCAGAAUGCUGGCAAAAUACUAACAGGAAAAAUAAAGGAGAUGAAGAAGGGAAACGUGGGUGUGGUGUUUGAGAUUUUGGGGAAGAAGUUGAAGGACUCAGUGGUGAAGACAGUGGACUUUGGACUGACUGGCAAAGAUGGUGUAGUGCACCCCAGUCUGGCGGAGAGCGCCAAAAUGUUUGAGCAGAAUGCUGCACUGUUUGGCUCUACUGUGGAAAGCUUACUGUAUCGAUAUGGAAAGGCAAUCGUGGAAGAGCAGCUGGUUCUCAAAAAAGUUGCAGAUGUUCUGAUUAACCUCUACGCCAUGACAGCUGUCCUGUCCCGUACCAGUCGCUCUAUAAGCAUCGGUCUGUGCAAUCAUGUCCAUGAGGUGCUGCUCACCAACACAUUCUGCAAAGAUGCUUAUUUCAAGAACAACUUCUUGAUGACUCAGCUUCAAAAAAAUUCCCCAGAGAAUAAUGAUGCCAACAUAAAGAAGAUCGCCCAGGAGGUCUUGGCAAAAAGAGCGUAUAUCUGCUCGCAUCCUUUGGACAGAACUUACUAAAGUGUCCAGGCUGUCUGCUGCAUUCUGAUUGGGUGACAAGGCAUUGUCCUCGGUUGUCACUGUCCAACCGUCUUAGGUCAUGUAAUUGUUUGCGACAAAGUUCUUCCCACUCCCCACAGCACUUGUCCGCCUAAGCAGCAAAUCUUAGUUUAACCCAUUCUUACUUCUGGUAAUAUGUUAGAUAUGUACGUUUAUUGUGUAUAUUACAUUUUUGCUUUAACUAUUAAAAUUCUUCAAAGAAUUGAGUGAUAUACAUUAUAUGUUUAUCACAAUAUGCAGUAUUGAUUUGAGCCUCAUUGUCCAUCAUUGGUGUGUAGAUUCUUUUGCAAUGUUUUAUUGCAAUAAUAUGCUCACUUUCUGUGACAUGCCUUCAUAAAAUGCCACUAAGUGCUUCUUAAUUUUGGUUAAACGACAUUAAAUGACAGUUUUGGGGUGAUUUUGGAGCAUAGAUUUUAAUGCAUAUCUGAGGUUAUGUCUUUGUUGGUUGCAGUUAUUGUAGACAUCUAUGGAGUAUCGGCACACUUCUAGAAGGCAUGUGUUAUUUUCUCUUCAUCCGUAAGUGGCAAAGCAUCUCGCUUGUGAUGGAAUGAAUGUGGCCUCCGGUAAUCUCUGUUAAAUAAUCCAGAAAUUAAUGUCAGAGCUGUUUCAUUGUGUUUUAACCUUGUUCCUAUACUCAACAGGCCUGUUUUAAACCUCCCUAGCACAGCUAACUGGAGGAUAACUUUAUGUUCUAGGAGUUUAUAUAAGUAGUCUGGAUGGUUCACCUCCACUUUGAGUUGUGGUAAAAUCAUUUGGUCUGUAAUAAAUUAUUGAAACUGUAGAAACAUAAGUGUGAAGAUAAUCUUUUACCUGAAGUUGAACUUGCUGUAUUGGGAUGAGUGUCUUGGGAUAACGUUUUUGUCCCAACUUAAACUGUGGUUCUGAAAGGGUGCAGGGGCAAAUGGAAUAUUGGCCUCUCUCUCUCCACUGAGCCGGUCGACUUGGUUUGCUCAACCACAGAAAUAGCAGGAAUGGGCUAGAGGAAAAACACAGGGAUAAGUUCUCUGAUGUAGCAAGCUGAGCCUCUCUUUAGGCAUGCUGAAGUAGGAUUUAUGAGUGUUUAUCAGGAAUGUUUCCUUUAUGCCUGUGUGCUGUUUUUUUAUUUUUUUAUUUUGGUUUAAAUUAAAAAAAGAAAAAAAUAUAUAUAUUUUCUUUUUCCUAUAAAGUCAUCCCUGGUCUCUUUAGAGAAUGUUUCAUGGGCUUGUCCUUCAGUAUGUCUUGUAGUUUAUCCAGGCCCACUCUCUUCAUGUAACAUUUAAAUUCAGGAACUCUUCCACUUUCUUUAGAUGUCCCAUCUGACAUUUUCUUCUUCAGCUGCCUGUUGUACGGAGUCUCUCCUAAAUUAAAACGAGGAGAAAAUGAGUGCACAUGAAACUGUCACCAUCCUUCCAACAAUUCAGGAUGUUGCAGGUUUUUUUGUAUCAGAUGUACAUAUUUGGUAAAACUAGCGACACUACUUUUUGUAGUGUGAAAGUAGCUCAUCUGGUUUCAAAACAGCGUAUAAUUUCCAGUAACAAGCUAUUUUUUCCAUUGCUGUUUUUUGUGUGUCACAUUAUAUCAUGGGCACAGCUUCACAUCUAAGUGUAAUGAGAAAAUGAUUAAACUUGCUAUCCUACAA